GGCAGCCAGCAGCUGCAAUGUCUCAAGUGCUCGCUAUCCUUCAAGUCCAUGAUGCGCAGCAAGAGUGUGGAGAAUUUCUUCCAGAGGUCCAGCAGAGAGGCACGCUUCCUGUCCGACAUAAUCCCCAGUGGUCAAUCCCCCUUCCCGUCUCUCCCGCAGGAGUGUCCUAUUCUCUUCGACUGCUCCCCUUCUAUCUCUCCAUCCCUCAGCCCAAAUACCUCCAUAUCGUCCUACUCCCCUUCCCUCAGCCCCUCCCCUUCCCUGCCAUCCAAGUCUGCUGCCCAAAUGCAUCCUGUGAAGCUGCAUUGCUUCCAGGAGCACAUGUUCCGCCGUUCCACCCACUUCCAACUCUGCAAACAUAUAAUCAUAGGAAACUCCAAACAAGGCCUGCGCGGCAAAUCCUGCAAGCUGGGGGCCCACCUGUGGUGCUUGUCUGAGCUGUCUCAGCAGCCCUGUGCUGGCAAGUCUGGCGCCUUCAAACGCAACUUCAGCUCCCCCCUGCUAAUUAAUGACCAGCUGGGCAUUGUUAAAGAGGCCUCCACCCAGCAGGAGUUUGGGAAGCCCAGUUUGGACCCAGUAUAUGAGGCCCUGCGCUACGGAACCUCCCUGGCACAGAUGAGCCGCUCCAGUUUUGGCAGCAUCACCGAGUCGCCGAACCGCAGUGUGAGCAACGAAGUGGAAAGCAGAGUGGCCAGUAGUCAGCCAAUCACAGAGGAGCGGUCAAGCAUGGAGACUGGGGCCCUUGUGGUCACGGAGAAUGAAAAGGAAGAGGCAGAAGACAGAGUGAAUCUGAAGGCCCCAAAGAGAAUUGAGGUCCAUUCCAUCCAUACUUAUGUAGCACUGUAUAAGUUCCUUCCCCAGGAGAAGAAUGACUUGGAGCUACAUCCUGGUGACCGUGUGCAGGUUACAGAUGACUCCGACGAGGACUGGUGGAAGGGGAAAAGCAAGGACAUGGUGGGCUUCUUCCCAGCUAACUUCGUGCAGAGGGUCCGACCAGGUGAACGGGUAUGGAUGGUCACCCAGGCUUUCCAUGGUAAUCGAGAGAAAGGCCAGAUGACCAUCAAAUACUCCCAGAUAUGCGUGGGGAAGAGUGAGGAGAGUAAUGGCUUCCUGAGGCUCAGCAGUGGGAAGAAGAAAGGGCUGGUCCCACGAAGCUCUCUGGAGGAGAUAUGAAACCUCCCAGUGGGACACCUUGAGCCCUUCCCUCUGUAAGCUGAAGAAGCAAAGAACCACUCCAUCACUGCAAAAAACCCAACCAUGCCUCCAUGCAGGAGGAGGUAAAACUGCUGACUAGGUAGGAUGGAGUGUGUACAGUCCCCAGUACCUCAGAGGUUCAGUGGAACCCUGCUACUGGACCCUGAUCCUCAUGUUGAAGCAUCAAAGCACAAAACCCCACUGCACUGAAAGACUUGAAAAGGACAUGGGAUGACACAGCCAUUGACAAAAUCAGAGACACCAAUCACCAGCCUUAAUUUGAGAUCCUUACGGAGAUGUUUCAGCAUCGUGGACCCUCGCACAUGAGUAUCCAGGUAGAUGAAAUCACCUGAAUAGGUGCUGCUGCUCCUGGUCAAGCUGCUAUACCUGGAUGCCACAUUUGAGUUUGAACUGGGUCCUCCACUCUCUGUUUGUGGGUGGUGGACAAACUCUGCUUCUGCCCCAAACUGGCACCCUCACGACACGAUGUAAGGAAGGAGGGGAGGAGAGCCAAGUGCUAAAGUAUUGUGUCUCUGGUAUAGGUUGAACUUUAUUCUAUUUGAUAGUUCACCAUGUAGCCAUCUUUAUUCAGCUCAUUCUUACAAUAACCUGCAGAAAUCUCAGGUAUUGCUCUCUUUGUAAACCACUGAUAUAGCAUAUGACAAUGUGUGAUGCUGGCGACUGCAGAUUAGAUGGGUGGCUCACUGGUUCAGUAGACCCUGAGGCUAGAGAGAGGGUCACACAGGUAUCAGUUUUGCACAUCUUCAUGUCAGAUAUUCUUGUCUUAGCCUUCUUUGUACUCUGUUUUUGUACCCCUGUCCACACUUCCUGGGUGGUCAUCACCCCUCAGUAGUUUAAACUGCCUCACUUAUGACCAGUCUCUGUGUUCUAUAUACAUCUGCCUUCAUUCUAAGCUCAGCAGGACUAUCUGACUAAACCUGUGACAUAGUCAAAUGUUGUGUACAAUAGACAACACACAAUGCACAUGCCAGACAACAUGCAUGAGGUGUACAAUGCACAACACGCACAAGGCACAUGACGGACAACUCAAGGCACAGACAGACAAGGUGCAUGUGUCACCUACAGUAUGUGUCUAGGACAGAAC